CAUUGGUUGUUUCUGGUGGUCUCGUAAUCCUUGUGACUUUUUCGUUUAUUUUUUUAGUUUUUGAGGAAAAUUGGAAAAUGUAUACAGUCUCAAAAGGACCCAGCAAGAUAGUUGCAAAAACUCGUAGGGGCCUCUCACAGAACUUGGAAAGGUUGGACAGUCGCAAGGAUCAGAACAGGAAGUCCUCCGAGUCGGACAAUGGCGAGAUUAUCAAUAUGCCGAAACCAAUAUUUCAUUCCAAUGGUAAAAAGACAAUCCAUCAGAGAAUACAACACCACGUGAUCACGCCGCAACACGAGGAAAUUAUUAGAUUUAUUAGUGAAACAUGGUCACAAACUGCAUAUGGCGACAGUGAGCCAUCGACACCCACUAGUGGCAGCAUUGCAUCAGGCAGCUCAUCCCCCGCGCCCCCCUCCAACCUUUACUACCAGGAUGAUGCCCCGAGCGCGUGCCUGCGCGACUUCAAACCCUUCGACUUGGAGACGUGGUGGGGCAAACGCCUCUUCCAGAACAUCACCAACUCACUCUGAACCCCGCGAGAAUCACCCUCCGGUACCAACGAGUCUUCGGUAGCGUAAGUCACAAUCAUCUGCAGUUUACUAAAUUUUUUAUGACUAUAAGUGAAAUAAUAUUCGGAAAAAUGUUAUCCGGAAAACCCGGUAUUACAAGUGUAAACUUGUAAUGACGGGCACAAAUUUGAAUUUUAAUUAUAAAACAUAAUAUUUUAUUAAACACUCAUAAAGGACAACUAUGCUAAACUUUUAUUUUGUUCUAGAUGUAGUGAAAUCUACGUUCACUAGUGUGGGUCACAUAAAAAUAUCUUUUCAAAAACUUGUAAAUGUAAACACUGUUGUGCGUUCAAACGCUGUUCCAUUGUGAUACGAGAACACGUUUAAAAUAUAAAACGCACUUUUGAAUAUGGAACUUAAGCAUACCAAGUUCUGAAAUUAUAAAAGGCAGCUCUUAUUUAUGUUCCUUUCUCAUUGCACUCCUUUUGGGGCAAGGUUUUAUCCACACAUAAUGUUUGAGAUUGAAAUAUUCAACAUUGCGUUAUUCUUUAAAAAAAAAUUGCAUGUGCUUUAAAACUCCGACCAUAAAAUUGUAAAUGAAUACUACAGUAUGUGUAAAUAAAAGCAACAAAUUUAGUAAUCUACAGGUGAUUGUGGAUCUCAGUAGGUUUAUCAUAUUUUAAAUGAAAUGUUUCCAAAAGCUCAAUUUAUUUGCAGUUGACAUUGUUACUUUGAUUUGAACCAAUAUUCUUUAAGAUUGUUAUGUUGAGUGUAUGGUUAGAGUUUAUGUUGAUAAAUACCUAUUGCAAAUUCUUUUACAAAUAAAAUAUACCAAAGAUGUCCUGUGCUGGUGAUGCGCUGCCGAUCCAAUAUGUUAUCGCCAAAAUAAUCAAAUUAAAGAAUUGUUGAAUUUUAACUAGUCUAUAGAAUAUGUUUAAUAUUCACAUGUCCAUUUAUUUUUCUUUUAUUUACCAAUAUUAACAUUUUAUCAGAUCAUGUUACAAUUUUUUAUACAGAUAUCAUGUACUUUUAAGCAAGGUGUAAAUAUAUGAAACUUGUACCCAUUAAAUAUUCACAGAGCAGUGAUUGUGGAAAAGACAUUGUGCUUGCGAUUGCAACGAGUAUUUUAUCAGAUUUACAAUAUUCUAAGUGCCUCAUUAACAAGCAAUAGUAACGCGAGAAUAAUAAAUGUUUAUGUGUACAAUAAUGUUGUGACUUGUUUAUUUAGAAAUUGUUAAUUAGUUGUGAAAUGCAAUUUGUUUCUUACCUGUAAUAAGGCUUGAACACAAAACGUGUAAACUUGUAAAAGCUAAGUGCGUUGCUUAAUAACAGUGCACUAAUAAACUAUUUAAGUGUUACAAGUUUUGUGUUUCGGUCUGUAUGUGUCGAACCCUUAGAUCUUGAUUGUGACGUAGUCAUACUUUUUAACCGACUUCAAAAAGGGAGGAGGUUCUAUUGAUUGCAAAUGUUCAGUAUUCGAGUUGAUCGUGGCUGUUAGCUUUUAUAAAUGUUAUUGCUAAUACUGUUGUUAGUCAAUUAUCACGUUUCGUUAGCUUCUUUGAAGCCGAACAAUGUCUUCCAGAAUGUUAUCCAUCGAUAUCACCCAGUAUUCCACCAAUCUUUAGAAUAUUGGUUUUCUCUCCGUUUUACAUGACAAAACAUGUUUUGCCGUAGUAAAUUAAGCAGCUGUAAUAUGAAACUUUUUUGUGCUCUGCUCGUAUUCGGAGAUUGUAGGAUAGAAAUUCGCUAGGUGACGCUGCCUAAUAGUUUGUACCAAAGAUUUUUACCGAAAUAGUUAUACCUCGCAGUAUGAUUAAAUUAUCAAUACAAGGGAUAUCGUUCAAGUACUUGUAAGCCAACUACAUCGAGUGUAGUGCACAAAAAAGCCAAACAGCGUCGCUAAUCGUGAAAUGCACACCACGUAGUAUAAUAAUUUAAUCAUUUAGAUACAAAUAUUUGAAGUAGUGAUAUUGCAGGAGAUAGAAUAUUUUUAGACUGAUUUAGUUAUAAAAAUUAUGCUUUUGUUGUAGUUGAACGAAUAAACCAUCUGAGGAUGAA